CUGAGUUCUAGGGUUUUAUUGUAGGACAGGGAAGGGAAGGAGGGCGUGAGAGUAAAGCAUGUGAGGGACAUAGCAUUUACUGCUAGCAGUAGCCUCCGGGCCGCAUGGCUUCCAAGCGAUUCCUCUUCCUCGCCGCCUUCUCUUUCUUCCUUCUUACGUCAUUGUGGCCUGGCGGAGCGCCGGAUCUGGCGGCCGACGGCGCCGCUCUGCUUGCCCUCCGCGCCGCAGUCGGCCGCUCCGUCCUUACAUGGAACGCGUCGCGCUCCCCUUGCACGUGGCAGGGCGUCGAGUGCGGCUCCGGCCGCGUCACGGCACUACGGCUGCCCGGCGUCGGCCUCAUCGGCCCCAUCCCGGUCGCCGCUGUCCGAAACCUCUCAGCUCUCCGCACCCUUAGCCUCCGCUACAAUGCGCUCUCUGGCGUCCUACCGUUCGACCUCCCCGGACUCCCUGAGCUCCGCAAUCUCUACCUGCAGCAUAAUCGGUUCUCCGGUAAUAUCCCUCCUGCUCUCGGCUCGGUCAGGAACCUCAUCCGGUUCAACCUCGCCGGCAACCAGCUUUCGGGAGAAAUCCCGCAAGAACUCAACAACCUUACUCGGCUUCGAACCCUUUACUUAGAGAACAACCGGCUCAGUGGAAGCAUUCCUCCUCUCGACCUACCCAACCUCUCACAGUUCAAUGUGUCGUUCAAUCCGCUGAAAGCAACAAUUCCCUCAAGGUUUCGCACGUUUCCUUCGAGCGCAUUCUUGUCCACAGGGCUCUGCGGAAGACCGCUUCAGCCGUGUCUAAGCGAUAUUCCUCCAUCCGCUGCCCUCGGUGCUGCUGGGCGUGAUAAUGGUGGCGGGGCUGGAAAGGGAAAGAACAAGCUUUCGGGAGGCGCCAUCGCUGGGAUCGCAAUCGGGUCUGCGGCCUUCAUCCUGAUUCUCCUCAUAUUGUUGAUACUACUCUGCCGUAGGAGUGGCAAGAACAGGACGAGUUCGCUGGAGGCGGUUGAGACGAGGGUAAAGCAGCCAGAGGAGGCCGUAUCAGCGUCAGAACAGGACAACCAAGUCGGAGGGAGCAGCCAGGCAAACAUUCGACCGGCACCAACUGCGGCAAUUGCAGGGGGGAAAAAGCUGGUCUUCUUCAGCGGUGCUAGGGCAACAUUCGAUCUAGAGGAUUUGCUGAGGGCAUCGGCAGAGGUGCUGGGAAAGGGGACGUUUGGGACGACAUACAAGGCGGUGCUGGAGAUGGGGAUAACAGUGGCGGUGAAGAGGCUAAAAGAUGUGACUUUGACAGAGGAGGACUUCCGUGAGAAGGUGGAGGUCAUUGGGGCGAUCGACCACCCCAACUUAGUGCCGCUACGGGCGUACUACUACAGCAAGGAUGAGAAGCUACUGGUGUAUGAUUAUAUGCCCCUGGGAAGCCUAUCAGCUCUCUUGCAUGGUUACAGGGUAUCUGGCAGAACACCUCUCAGCUGGGAGACAAGAACCGGUAUUGCCCUUGCAGCAGCCUAUGGCAUUGAAUACAUUCAAUCAACUGGAUCUUCUACUUCGCAUGGCAAUAUUAAGUCCUCCAAUGUCCUGCUCACCAAGUCCUUUGAAGCCCAUGUGUCCGACCAUGGCCUCGCUCUUCUUGCAGGUCCAUCAUCCUCUUCUACCCGCAUUGUGGGUUACCGUGCGCCAGAGGUCACUGAUGCUCGCAUGAUUUCUCAAAAGGCCGAUGUGUACAGCUUUGGCGUGCUACUAAUGGAGCUGCUCUCAGGGAAGGCCCCUGCCCAAGCCCUCAAUGACGAAGGCAUUGAUCUCCCAAGGUGGGUCCAGUCAAUUGUGCCUGAGGAGUGGGCAACUGAGGUGUUUGAUCCUGAGCUGCUGAGGUACCAAACCCUGGAGGAGGAUAUGGUGCAGUUUCUUCAGCUUGCUGUGGACUGCACUGCUCAACAUCCUGAUAAACGACCUUCAAUGACUGAGGUUGUUACCCGCAUGAAGGUAAUUCAGACAUCAAGACUUAAAUCCUAAGCCGAGAGCAACAUAACAGCAACAACAGCAUAGAAGUUAGCAGUGACUAAUAAUCAAGGAGGGAUGAUCCUCAAAAGACUGAAUCCUAGGUCUUUUCUAUGAACAUGAAACAUGAAAUGUGGCCUAGAUGCUGUUCUAGUUUUUUAUUCCAGUGAGCUUAAGAUGAAGUUAUUUUUCUUUACUUCGUGUGAUUAGGCAGAAUGUUCCUGAUUUUCUCUCUAUCUGCUUCUAUCAACACGCUCUUAGAUUGUGAUGAUGUUGGAAUGCUGAUUCAUGUAAUUAUUCCCGAUUCCUUUUGUUAUUUGGGGUCUUUUGGUUUGGCUUCAUAUGCUAGGAGUGCUCCUAGUCAGUUAUUUUACUGAAAUGCCUCCUGUUAUAUCGUUCCACUGUGGCUUUGACAAAUUAUAUUAUAUGCAUCGUUAAUCAGCUUACUUCA